AUGUCUGAUAUCAACAUCGCACUCAUAAACUCUGUCAGAAAAAUUGAAAUUGAUAUUGCCAAAAUAAAGCAAAUAGUACGCAUGCUUCAAGAUCAGUUUAGCAAACAAUUUGCCUCAGCUGUCAGUGCAGAAGAUCUUAGUAUAAUGCAACAAAGCAUCAUUGAGCAAAGUGCUCUUGAACAUGUUGCCAAGUCUGUGAAAAGGUCUCAAUUCACUGAGUAUCCUGACCAGCUUGGCAAGCAACUCAAGAUGUUGAGCCGCAUGGUCAAGUAUGAUCUCAUUGACAAAGACUUUUCUGCUUUAAGUAAAGAAUGGAAAGGUAUCCUGACAAAGCACUGGGAAUACUACAGAAUGUCAUUAGAGAGAAUGGCAAAGGAUAAUGGCUUUGCUAUCUACAAGUGCAAGAGCAUGUGGUGUGCCAAAAGCCUCCUCCAGGGAAGCUUCAAAAGUGACAACCAGAAGCAAAAAAGAAGAAUGGUAGAGAAGAACAUUGCACAGCAAGAUGCAAAUGAUUCUUUGCUGUCUUCUAAUAAUAUAUCAGAAACUGAUGGUGGUGAGUCGCCUAUUAUGGUGGAUGUGCUUUCUCCUCUGGCAGAAAUGAGUGUUGCACUAGCACAUAAGAGAAGCCAAAGAUCAUAG